UUUGGGGAAAAUGCUGAUCAUAUUUUAUUCACUGCUAAUGCUCAGAGUAGGAUGUUGCACAAAUGAUUUUGAGUUUUUAACAAAGACGGUUAUUGUUGGACAAAACGGAACCCUGACGUGUCCUCUUCAGAAAUCUCUUCUGUACCAAGAAACCCUCUACUGGAUCAGACUUGUUUCUGGGAACUGGCCUGAAUUUCUAGGAGGAACAUUUAACUUUGAUUUUGAAGAUGUUAUAAAGAUACCUCACAUUACAGCAAAACAAGAGAAUGAAACAUUUGUUCUACAUAUCAAUGGAGCUAAGAUCAAUGAUACUGGUCUUUACUACUGUAUUAAAGUCAAACAACUUGACAUGAAGUUUAUUAAAGGAACAUUUCUAAAAGUUGAAGGACCAGAACCAGAUGUCACUGCUGUCACUCAGGAGCCCCUAUAUGAUCAGGUCUAUCCAGGAGACCCAGUCAGUCUGCAGUGUUCAUUCUUCUUUAACCCUGAGAAGAAAACCUGUGCAGCAGAUCACAGUGUGUUCUGGUUCAGAACUAGAUCAGAUGAGUCUCAUCCCAGUUUGAUUUAUCUCCAUGGAAACAACACUGAUAAAUGUGACAGGACACCAGUGACUAACACCACACAGAAAUGCAGCUUCACCAGAAACAUCGCCUCCUCUGAUAGUGAGACUUAUUACUGUGCUGUAGCCUCAUGUGGAGAGAUUUUAUUUGGCAGUGGAACCAAACUCCAAGCACCCAGUCUGUGGGAUUUGAAGGCGGCCAAUAUAGUUCUGUUAUUGUCAGGUGCUGCUUUGACUGCGAGCCUCAUUGUGAUCGCUGUCUUAGUUCAUAGAAUCAGGAGGAAAACUUGUGGCUGUUGCAACGAUGCUGUAACGGCCGGUGGUGAUCAGCAAAUUCGGGUAAAGCGGAAAAGAUAAACAUUUACUAUGACUCAUUCUGCAUGAACCUUCACCAAGAAAAAAGAUGACAGAGCUGAGAGAAGGAAUAUAAACACAGCACUGAACAAGACAGUCUCUGAUGUAAGAGAUUCUGGGAUAAAUUAACAAUAUUGUGAAUCUGCUACUUGAGUGUAGUUUUUUUUUCAUACACUGUAAAAUGUUGUGUUGUGUAUGGCUUUUUUCACCCUUCUGUUUAUUAUGCAUUGAGUAUCAUUGUAGAGACUUCAUGUUCAGCUAUUUAAUCUGAUUGAAGUCAUCACAAAGUUUGUUUUAUUUAGUCUCUUAGGACAAAACAGAUAAUUAUUCAUCAAUUUUCUAGAAUCACUUACAUAUUUGGGAGAAUAGUGUUUUUUGUUGUUCUUUUUUGGGUUACAUUUCUCAAUCUACAGGAUGAAUUAAACAUGAUUUUUUUUUCUCAUUUCUUUGUAUAUGCAGUUAUACAUGUGUUAAUUUCAGUGUAAACUAGAUAAUAAACAAAACAGUAUAUAUAUAUAUAUAAUGAAAUAAUCUUUUCAUAUUUAUCUAGUUAGACAUGAUUUAUUUAUCUAAAAAUAAGUAGUUACUGCUGAGAGUAACUUGCAUUAGAUUACCAGACUGAUGGAUAGAAGGCCCUUUAUGAAACCUGGUCUCACAAAGUAUUUAAUUAAUAGAAUACCAAGUCAGAUUGUGUGUCAUUACGUUCAGUUUGUUUCAUUGCAUAUCAUGCUGAGAAGCAAUGGUAACAUGAGCAAUAGUUUUUCUUUAACCCUAACCAUUUAGAAUGUCACCUUUACAGCCUAAAGGACAAACAAAUAACUAUAAUAAUGUGCCGAAAAGCUGUGCUAUCAAUAGGCAAUGCCAUUAAAACCUGUUUGAUAAAAAUUAAAGGUGUUAAUAAUCGUUUCAUGUCUUAUGCUACAUUAGCUGUCAAAGCAAAAUCUUAUUGACUUCAUAAUAUCUUAG